UAUCAUCUGCAAGAACUAGGGGCACCAGAGAAUUUUUUGUAUUGUGUAAAUAGUAGAUAAGAAUAUGGAUGAUAUUUAAUCACGAUCACACAAACAUAAAUGCUUUCCUUUACAUAAGGGGAUUCUACAGGAGUUGAUAUCCUCGACCUGUCAAAAGAACUCCUCUUUUGACCAAAGGAGCCUCUCCAUCUAUCUUUUCAUCCUUUUAUCUUCUCUGUGGCCGGUUGGGGGAUAUUCCCAUCUGCACUCCAAUCAGUGCAUGCCAAAAUUUCAUACCGAACCCAGCUCGAAUAUGGAGAUGAACCUAUCUGUAUAGACCAACCACAUCCAGAGGGUCCCAGGAGAGAAUAUAAUCUGACCGUUAGAGUGAAGAAAAUGGAAUCCACAAUUGAGUAUGGAAAAGCCAAUCACAUACGAAACAUUUAUUGAAGCCGACUGCUUUGAGCUCGAUUCCACAGAGCAAACUGAUGAUAGACUGCCAGUAAGAUCAGGUCUAGUGCUAUUCCGAAGUGCAAACAUGUAGCAAGGAACAUUAUCCAGUACUUUGGACAAGAGGAAAAUAAAAUACAACUGGAUGAACUAUGUGGGAGGUGAUGGAAUUUAGAUGUAUGAGAAAAGACUACUAAAUAUCACAAAACCUGGAAGUGCAGAAUUCAGGAGGCACCGAGGUUAAAAUAAACUGAAAGAAGGUUGAUUCUAGCCUUGGGUCCAGCAAUCGUUGAUGAAUUGAAUGCUGUUCUUCCAUGGAGUUAUAAACAUUACCAUAUUUCGUUCAAAAAAACAUUACCAUUAUGAAACUGCUGAGUCACCCAACUAUAAUUAACCAGUUGCAUCAGCUGUUCCAGGGAGUUCAUUGAAACCCUGGGAGGGAUGUUCUUGAUUGGAGCCACUUGUAAAGCAACUCGUAGAACCAAUUGCAGGUAACUACACUCAUGGAAAAUAAGAGGAGCUUACGCCAACAUGGAGCCAUCCAAGGCCCCCCCUUUUCACUUUCCAACGAUUCUUUGGGUGACCCACACAAAUCGACCACCAAAUAUUCUGUUCCAGCCCCCCAAAGCAAUGCCAUAUAAAUGCAACUCAUUGCAUGGUCAGUGAUUCCAACCUGCCGUGUGCUAAGGUGUUAAGUUCUCAAUUAGGAAUCUUUGCAGCUUCAAGCCCCAACCCUACUCUCCAAUCCAACUUCAACAAUGACUGCAGAAUCAGAGACACCACGAAUAACGGAGCUCCAUGUAAGGAUGGACUGCCAUGGCUGCGAGCACAAGAUCAGGAAGACCCUGCGUGCCAUUGAUGGUAUUAGCGAAGUAUACAUAGAUCAAGCGAAUCACAAGAUCACAGUGGUCGGGAUGGCUGACCCUGAGAGGAUCGUCAAGGCCAUCAGGAAGACCAAAAGGGUCCCAACUAUCUUCUCACACACUGAUCCCUCAGCCGAGGCUCAGCCUCCGCCUGCCGAAGGGGAGGCUUCACCACCCGCUGACCCACCAGCCGACGCCCCUCCAGCAGAGGCAGCUCCGUCCGAGCCCACACCGGAGACCAAGGAGGUGGCCAAGGAGGCGCCACCGGCAGAACCCCCGGCCAUGGACGCCAUCGUGAUGAACAAGAUGCAUGACUACCCGUAUGGCGACGGCCACCACCUGUACAGGGAGCACUGGGUGAACCACCCCAUGGACAUGCAUGGGGUCAGAUAUGAUGCUGCACCUUACCAUGUAACGCACAGCUACAGCUACCACAGUACGAGCCCCUACAUAGCCGAGUACGGCUAUGGAGGUUCUCCUGAUCAAGAAGGCAGGUCCUACAGCUAUAACUACUACCCGGGCAGGGGCAAAGGAGAUGGCAGCCAGAUCACUUCAAUGUUCAGUGAUGAGAACCCAAACGCAUGCAGCAUAGUUUGAGAUCCAUAGGUGAUCUAAGCGAGGAGUUUGUUUCUGCAGACCCUUGAUGCCAUAGAAGGUUGCAUAGUGCAGAGACAGGUGAUGCAUGCUUUGGCCUAUGUAAAAGGGCUAGUGUUUAGUUGUACGAUUUAAAUGUGGGGUUUGUAUGAUGUAAGUAAUUAAGAUGGGGAGUAAGGUAAUGGAAGUGGGAUAAUAAGAUGCUUAACGUGUAGUGGGAGAUGAUUUUCCUGGCAAUCACGGCUAUUUUUAUUAACCCUCCUCCCUCCACCUUAUAGAAUCUAAUAAAGUUGUGCUCCUGUGUGCCAGUAAAAGGAAGUGGCACAGGUGCUCCGCUGUUCCAUGGCCAA